AUGCAUGCAUGCAACACUGUCUUCAGCAUCAUGUUCAAAUUGAACUUAACAAUAGCAUGGUGGAGAAAAGAGGAUACAUAUGGUGAAAAGGAUGCCUUGAAGGCAUAUAAAGUUGCUCAGGAUGAAAGUGACGGUACUUCUGUUGAGGCUGAAGGUGACAAGGUUUCAUCAGCGCUCAUAGACAAGGUGGAUGCAAUGCUUCAAAAUCUUGAGACGGAAAUUGAUGAUAUAGAUGCGCAUAUUGGUGAUCGCUGGCAAUUACUUGACAGGUGA